AGUGUCUUUGCAUUGCUCCACAUUCAGUGGCAGAUCGUCCUAAGCUGAAGACAACAUGAAGYUCCAUCUGAUCUUAGUUCUUUUUAUCGCAGCGCUGGUGGCUGUACCUUGCUUCGCCGAAGAAGUAGCGCCAGACAAUGAUGAACCAUUGGUUAAUGGAGGACAGGCAUUAGCUGAUGAAGAUCAAUCUGGUCCGCCAGAAAACGGAAACAAGGGUGAUGAAGAAGCUGACGAAGAAGAUACCGAACAAGAUCAAUCUGGGCCGCCAGAAAACGGAAACAAGGGUGAUGAAGAAGCUGACGAAGAAGGUGCUGAACAAGAUCCAACUCCAUCACCAGUCGACGGCGUCUCAGGUGAUGAACUUGAAGAUGAAGAAGAGAUUAAGAAUCAUCCCAACCUUCCAGAAGAAAUAAAGGACGAAGUUAAAGAUGCAGUGAAAAGACGCGUCCUACUAAGUGCCCGAUGUUGCCUCGUCCUGAAACGAUAUAAGUUCUGCAGGAACAGCAUUAUUCGCAGAUUGUGCUAUCGUCAAUGCAUUGCCCAAUCUCAUCCAGGGCCACCAGUAGUAUGUAAGAAUCUCAUUUCACCCCGAAGUUGUUUGUUGGUGAGAAACAAGUUCAGGAGGUGCCGCCAUAACAUUGGUCGCGUCUACUGUCGUUAUACCUGUGGAUACUGUCGGCCCCCAAAACGUCGGUGGGUGACUAGCACUCCAUACUGGUGCGGCCAUCGAAACCGCAGGCUUAUGAMGKCCCGCAUCWCAUURAAGMAGUGUCAAGCUCUAUGCUUGAGAAGACGUGGCUGCAAUGCUGUGGAAUGGUGGGGAAAGUACAACUUUAACUGCUACCAGUGUCUGAAUUACAGGCUUAUGAAGCGAUACAGCAAUACCAGAGAUCUAGCGUGGCCACCUUAUGUUUCACGCUAUAUCUAAUUAAAGCGGAAUUCCGGUUSCUCUCCASGUGACAUAGUGCGUUUUACAACUGUUUGGCGAACUCUUUUCGAUAGCCUGAUAAAAAUUCUCAGUGUUGUCUUAGUAGGAGCGACAAKUUUCAUCUAGAGAGUGUUCAACUUUUUUGAGAAAUACUGACGAGUUUUUUUUUUACAAUUCUAGUUGAUUAAUUAUAAGGGGCAUUGCAUGUAGUUAGCCUCCUMCACAGGCAACUCUUUUUUCCUCCUUUGGGCUUCCUUUGUAACGGUCAUUUUGGCCGUUAGGGACUAGUGACGAGAUAGCAAAAAUAAAAAGACUCCCCUUUUCUCGCCCCCAKUCUCCCUCUUUUGACUCCUCAAAAAGACAGGARGCCCGUGAUUCUUAGUGAUGCCUGCGGAGGUGGCUWGCAUGUAGUGUAAUGGGGAAGAAUUGAACAUCGUGGAAAGAAUGUUGCUUGGAGAGAACUGUUUGAAUAGACGCUUAAUAUUAAAAGGAAUUUGAAUAAAUGGCUAAUGCAUAAUACAAAGCUUUCUUACGUAGUCCUGAAAUGUAGCUGUGCUUCCCUAGGCGACGCUAAAAGGUUCAAAAUGACAUUUUAGACCCCUAUAUYGYUAACAAAAUUAGCACUUAGAACUUUGCUUGCUUCUAGGCUAAGCUAGUGAGAUUCAAAGAUGAAUCAUGUUUAGCCGAUUAUUUUUCCUACUGCUUGACAUUAUAAUAUGAAGUUAAUCUACUUAUAAUUGCUCUGACAUGGUCACUUUGCUGUCCGUCAUUGCUUUUGCCCAKUCUUAUUAGGUCUUAUCAAAUGUGCCUUUAGUACCUUAAUGCAAAGAGUCAGUCAACUCUCGAGACGGCGUAAGAUGUUUUGUUCGUUACCAGACUAAGCACGUUAAUAACAAUUAAAAGUUUGUGAUAUAAGGAUCAAUUCAUUUUUCAAUAAAAAGUUAGUUUUUGAAA